AGCAGGGGGAGAGGCUGAGGCUGGGUUCCCCUCUCCACGCCUCUCUCCAAAAGCUGCGUCUCUUUGUGCUGCUUGUGUUGCAUUAACGUAUAGUGGAUCCCACAGGGAUUUGUGUUAUGCCGAAUAUUGCUCACACCCACGCAGUCAGUCCCUGCCCUGAUACGCUUAGAGGUCAGAGCAGCGAGGGAGGAGAUGUUUCUCGUGUCUGUCCUGGAAGCAGGAUGAAUCUUGUGUCUAUGGCGACAGAUCCUGAACUGAAAUGGAUAACCCUGUGGGUCCGCAUCCGGUGGGCGGCCGUGGCCGUGCUCCUCCUGGGCUCGCUCCUGAUGCUGCUGCUGCCGCUGGCUGCUGUGGAAGACCAGUGCCAGGCAGUGCUCAAAGGACUCUCCUUCCUGAAGAGCAAACUGGGGGGCAGCUACUUGGGGAUCACCCGAUACACAGGCCAAACAACUGGGCUGAGCGUGACCUCGAACGGGUUAGAGCUGCUGGUGCUGAAAGGCAAAGCCUCUCCAGAAGUGAAGUCAGAAGCCAAAGCUGCUCUGAAUCAAGCCCUCGAAAUGAAGCGUCAAGGAAAGCGGGAGAAGGCCCACAAACUCUUUGUAUAUGCCCUCAAAAUAGAUCCUGAUUAUGUGGAUGCCCUGAAUGAAUUUGGCAUCUUUUCUGAAGAGGAAAAAGACAUUCUUCAAGCAGACUAUUUGUACUCCAAAGCGCUGACCAUUUCUCCUUGCAAUGAGAAAGCUUUGAUCAAUCGGGACCGAACUCUACCUUUAGUUGAAGAGAUAGACCAGAGGUAUUUCAGCAUUAUUGACAGUAAAGUUAAAAAAGUGAUGGCAAUCCCCAAAGGCAAUUCCGCCCUGCGCCGAGUCAUGGAAGAGUCCUAUUAUCACCACAUUUACCACACGGUUGCUAUUGAAGGGAACACUCUGACGCUGUCAGAGAUACGGCACAUCAUUGAGACCAGAUACGCUGUUCCUGGAAAAAGCCUAGUGGAGCAGAACGAGGUAAUCGGCAUGCACGCAGCUUUGAAAUACGUAAAUACCACGCUGGUAUCACGAAUAGGCUCCGUCACCAUCAGCGACAUUUUGGAGAUACACCGAAGAGUGCUGGGCUACGCCGACCCUGUGGAGGCAGGGAGGUUCAGGACUACCCAGGUGUUUGUAGGGCAUCACAUACCACCACAUCCUCAAGAUGUCCAAAAACAGAUGCAGGAGUUUGUCCAGUGGCUUAACUCCGAAGAUGCCAUGAGCUUGCACCCUGUGGAAUUUGCUGCGUUAACCCACUACAAGCUGGUUUACAUCCAUCCAUUUGUAGAUGGCAACGGAAGGACCUCACGUCUGUUAAUGAACCUCAUAUUAAUGCAGGCCGGCUACCCACCCAUCACAAUCCGCAAAGAGCAGCGCGCAGAGUAUUACCACGUCUUGGAAGUAGCCAACGAGGGCGACGUGAGACCUUUCAUACGCUUCAUUGCUAAAUGUACUGAGACAACCCUGGACAUGUUGCUCAUCGCCACCACCGAAUACUCCGUGGGCUUACCCGAAGCAGAUGGCAGCACCGCUGGGUGCAAACAAACUAUCCCAGUCAAGACUUGAGUGUUGGGGACAUUCAAAAAACAGACAAAUGUGUAGGAGAACAGAAAGCCACUCAGUACUGCUGCCAAGAAAUAACUCAACAGGAGGUGUCACUCUUUAGCAUUUCAUUUAUUUAAAGUUUCUUACAUUUGAUUAAUUUAAUGUAAUUUAUUUAUAUACAUUAUGCCAAGCUGACGUGUGAAUUGUUGAUGUUGAGUGUGUACUGUAACUUGCCCGUGCUACUGGAAGGAGAUGGGGAGGGGAGUCAGGAGGGUAUCAAUUUGCAAAUGUCACUCAACAAGCCGCAGUAGAAAUAAUUUUAUUUUUCCUUAAAACUGAGUUUUGAGAAGCCACUUCCAUCACAACCCUUUACCUAGUUUGUUGACUGUAUUGUCUCACCUUACAAAGUAGCUGCUAGGCAAGACCGUCUUAGCUUUGUUAUCCCUUCCCUAUCGUCCAACAAAAUGUGCAGUUACAACACUGUCCUAGCCGUGUUAAUCAGGCUUUACCCCUUUGCUCAUGCAAGUUUGCCCUCCUUUUAUUUAUUACUGCUAAUGAAGGAGGCUAACUUCAGCUCAGCAAAGGCAUUUUCCCCUUCCAUUUCUGUUUUUAGUAGCACUUUGCAUGUUUACUUUCAGUUGCCUUUCCUGUGGUGAGUUUGUGCAACAGCUGGGAAAUGCUUGGUUUAAGAUUACAGUGGAACAAGUGAAGAAA